AUGGCCUUGAGUGAAGACGCAGCUGCCGCUGUCCGGCGUAUUCCCAAGGAUGAAUCGGCACCCCUUCGCACCGCUCUACCGAAUAGACGCCAUGUCAGAAUCACCGAGCCAAAGUUGCGCACCGGUCCCGACCCAGACUGGCCAAGUCUGCAGGGGGCCACCAUCUGCAAUGCAUGUGGUCUGUACCUGAAAGCUAGAAAUGCGGCUCGCCCAACCAACCUGAAGCGGCCGCCAACGAUAGUACCAAGCGGGUCACAAUCGGCGACGGGCUCGACAUCGCCCAAGGAAGCGAGCCCGCAGGCUGUCCAACAAGCGGCUGGGGCCAAGUAUGUUGCUGCGGACCAGACGCCGAAGGGGACUUGUCCUGGCGGUGGCCGGUGCAAUGGCACGGGAGGCGCGGAAGGCUGCAGCGGCUGCCCGGCAUACAACAAUCGUGUUGCCAAAAGUGCAAGUCUGAACGUCCUCCAGGGCCAGCAGUCUACCCCGAGCAAAGUAGAGCCAGGUGUUGCGGACGACUCGAAUGCCAUCGACAUUGCAGCGUUGCAGAGCCAGGCGCAAAACACGACCGUGGUCAUUGCUUGCCAGAAUUGUGGGACCACCAUCACACCCUUAUGGAGGAGAGACGAGCAAGGCCACACGAUUUGUAAUGCAUGCGGUCUCUACUACAAACUCCACGGCGUCCAUCGACCUGUUACGAUGAAAAAGUCGGUUAUCAAAAGGAGGAAACGGGUUAUACCGGCCUCUCACGAAGGCGGCCACGAGGGUAGCGCUCCAGUCGAUGCGCGCGGCUCGAUGAAUCCGGAUGGGUCGGUCAACCUCGGCAUGCGCCGGCGGGAGGAACACGAAGCUCUCCAGUUGGUCCCCGAAAGCGUGCUCCGGCAGAACCGGCCGUCGCCUCCCUUACCAUCUGGGGACCUGACCCAGUACCAAUCUUCUCACCCGCGCCACCACCGCGAACUAGCCCCGGAUUCCCUCAAUGACGACAACCGACUGGCCCCAAUCACCUCCCUCGCAGGGACAGUGGGUCGGCAGUCUUCACUCUCUCCGGCGUCGUUUCUCUCUCCGACCAGGAAACGCUCUUUUGGCGAAGCAGGACACCCAAACUCAAGCGAGUCCGAAAGCAAUAAGCGGCUGUCAUCCAUUAAAUCGAUACUGAACCCGACCAACGUUCAGAGGGCGCCGAGUAUUUCUCCAAGAAUGAGGGGCGCCGAGGAGCUAGCACAACAGCGAAUGUAUCAGGGAUCACCAGCUGGCACGUCGGCGUCAGCUCCAAGUCCUAAUAUGUACCCGACCGCAAGUUUAGCCGCACCACACGAUCAGCAUUACCACUCGAGAAGUGCGAGUGGUGAGAGUGACCCAUCCAAGGCAGAGAAGCGGGCGGCGCUGCAAAGGGAAGCGGAGAGGAUGAGGGAGCUCCUGGCAGCAAAGGAGAGGGAGCUUGCGGAGUUUGGCAAUUGA